AUGAAGGGCUCACUUUACUUCCUUCUCUCCUUGGCUGCAAUGGCGUUGGCUGUCCCCAACGUCGCUGUCCGAGACGACGGAUACUCUGUUAAUCGUCGAGCUCUGAAAGGACUCAGUAUGUAUGCAGGUUCGACAGCGAAUGUAUCAGCGGUUGUUGCGACGCUGUUUGUCAACACCCCGAACACUGCGAUUGAUGCACGUUCGUAUUGUUGA